UAUACAUUCGUGUAAAGAUGACAGAUGACAGAUUGCACUGCAGCUAUAAGGAUAUGUACAGAGGCACAAUAGACUCAAAGUAGAACUUAAAUUUGAAGUGUGAAUUGACAAAUUAAUUAACUAAUUAUGCCAAAAGUAGUGUCGAGGAGUAUUAUAUGCUCCGAUACGAAAGAUCAAGAGGAAUAUAGCGAGGAAAAGCCAUUGCAUAUUUAUUAUUGUUUAUGUGGUCAGAUGACUCUUAUUCUAGAUUGUGCAAUUGAAAAAUUGCCACUAAGAAAAAGAGACGGAGCAAGAGUAAUCGAUGGCAGUAAACAUGCUCAUAAAAUGACUUCAGAGCGAGAUGAGAUUGUAUUUCUCAAGCGUUCAGAGGGAAUAGAAAAACAAUAUAGACAAAAAUGUAAAAAAUGUGGCUUAUUGCUAUAUUAUAAGCAUGAUCCAGGAGCAAAUAUAGUCUUUAUAGUAAAAGAUUCGGUAAUAAAAAGUUCUGGCGAUGGUCCUAUGACAGACAUUUAUAAUCAAGUGGCCAUUGAGAAACCUAAAAAAAUAAUGGUCACCAAACAUACCAAGAAUAUGGGAAAGUUCAGUUCUGUUACUGUGUCCACAAUUGAUGAGGAAGAGGAUGAAAUUGAAGCUAGAGAAGUUGCUGAUUCAUAUGCAAACAAUGCACGCAUCAUAGAGAAACAGUUAGAAAGAAAAGGUAUGAAUAAACGGAAAGCUAUACCAUCCACUGAAACAGAUCCAAAGCGAGCAAGACCUAGAGGAACAUUACUAGAUGUUUGAUUUUUCAUUGAAUUUUCAUUGAAUGCCGAGUUGAAUUUAUCAAUAAACUUGGAGUCUUCUGAUGUACAUAAAUUUACUACAUACAUUUAUAUUUAAUAAAAAUAAAUUAAUUUGUUGUAUACUAUCA